AUGGAGACGCAGCCGCUCUUUUGGGAAAUGCCAGCAGAGCCCAAGCUUAAGAGCCAGAAUAACAGGCAAGCAGACAAGGCUAUGCGGCCUCCUAUCGAAGCUGUGAAGCCCGAGCUCCCCAGCGAUUUGCUCCCCGGCCUCACAGAGCAGAUCGCGAUCAACCUGUCGGAACCGGCGGUUGACCUGGUCCAGGCUCAGCGCCAGGUGAGAGAGAAGGCGAGGAUCGAAGCAGCAGCCAAAGUGGUUGCACAGCCGACGAGGGGCCGAGGUCGGGGACGUGGCCGUGGCCGUAAGCAGAACGAAGAGACCCCGAAAGGCAAGGAGCAGGAGCCGGACACCGAGCAGGAAAAACCCAAGAAGCAGGAGCCGGACACCGAGCAGAAAAAGCCCAAGAAGCAGGAGCCGGACACCAAGCAGGAAAAACCCAAGAAGCAGGAGCCGGACACCAAGCAGAAAAAGCCCGAGAAGCAGGAGCCGGACACCGAGCAGGAAAAACCCGAGGAGCAGGCACCCAAAGCCAAGUCCACCCCGGAAGUCAAACCAUGGGCAGCGGAUUGGGAGCGCAAGGCAGUGGAGUUGCUUCAGGCCGGCAUACCGGUCCCCCCAAAGUUUUGUGGACAGACCAAAAGCUUUACGAUUCAGCCGAGCCAUGCCCCCGAGCCCACGGAUCCGGAAGUUGCAGGCAUUCAGGUUCUGUGGUACGAGAAUCAGCUGUACGUGCUCAAAUCAAUGAUAUCCUACAAUGGCACCAAGAUCAACCAGAAGAAAGGGAGCACGGUUUCGCAGCGCAAACUCGGUGGCUGGAAGAAUGCUUGGGAACAUGCCAAAAUCGUUGCAGGUUGGAUGCCGGCAUCUCGACUACAUCUAGCUAGAAUGACUGAAGAAUGUCGAUGCUAG